ACCAAACCCAACGGAACGGAGGGCCAAAUGGGUAAUAACAAUAAUAUAAUAUUAAAAGUUAAAACACAGAGAGAGAAAAUUCAGAAAGAAAAACUCGGCAGCUAGCAGUACAGAAAAUGUGCCCCUUCCCUUCCGAUCACUUCGGCAUGCGUGAUGUAGGUAACUAAGUCAGAGACCAGUCUCAGUUCCCUCUAGGACUCCUCCUCCCUCCCUCUUCUCUCCUUCUUCCUUCCUCCCUGUGCUCUGUCGUCCUUCUGCUUUCCUUUCCCGGCGAAAAAAGUUCCCAAAAGGAGGGGGGAAAAAGAUUAUACAAAGGCCUCGGUUUCAAAAUCGGAAGAGUUCGGUUCAGCGAAAUUCCGACCAUGUCUGAGGCUCUGAUCAAUGGCCUCGCCGGAGCCGGCGGUGGGAUCAUCGCUCAGCUCAUCACUUAUCCUCUUCAGACUGUGAACACUCGGCAGCAAACGGAGCGUGGCGUGGAGGAGGAACAAAAGAAGACUAUUGGCACCAUACAGCAAAUGUGCCAGGUUGUGAGGCAUGAAGGAUGGGAGCGGCUGUAUGGAGGAUUAGCUCCAUCAUUGGCAGGGACUGCCGCAUCGCAGGGUGUUUAUUAUUAUUUCUAUAAAAUAUUUAGGGACAGAGCUGAGGCUAAGGCACUUGAGCGUCAGAGGAAAGGGUUUGGUGAUGGAUCCAUCGGGAUGCUUUCAUCACUUGUGGUGGCUGCUUUAGCAGGGUCUGUAAAUGUGUUGAUGACAACCCCAAUCUGGGUUGUUGUUACAAGAAUGCAGACUCACACAAAAGCUGCAAAGAAAUCAGAACCUAGUAGCUCAUCAGAUGCUUCAGCUAAGCUUAUAGUUCCAACUGAUCCUCCUCCAUUUGGAACUUUUAAUGCGGUUUGUACAUUCAUUUCGCUCAUCUUUUUCUCAUCCCUGCAGAUUCAAGAAGUCAUUGAUGAAGCUGGAAUUCCAGGUUUCUGGAGAGGUGUAUUACCAACACUGAUCAUGGUAAGCAAUCCCGCAAUACAAUUCAUGUUAUAUGAAACACUGCUGAAGAAGUUGAAACAACGACGCUCAUUGCUUAAGAAGGGUGAAGCCGGAGUAACUGCUUUGGAGACAUUUCUUCUCGGAGCACUGGCUAAACUGGGAGCUACAGUCGUAACCUAUCCUCUUCUUGUUGUUAAGUCACGCCUUCAAGCUAAACAAGUUACUACAGGGGAUAAAAGACAUCACUAUAAAGGUACGCUAGACGCUAUCUUGAAGAUGAUCCGUUACGAAGGUUUAUAUGGGUUUUACAAAGGAAUGAGCACGAAGAUCUGUCAGAGCGUGCUAGCUGCUGCUGUGUUGUUCAUGGUGAAGGAAGAACUCGUCAAGGGUGCCCGUUUCGUACUCACCGGGGGUGCUGCAAGCAAAGCACUGAAAUCAAAGCAUCCAUAACAGCUCCACCCCACCCCUGCAAUCUCUUCAUGAUAUGGUUUUCCUGAUUCAAAAUCCACACUGCCAUUUGUUAGGCUUAUGAAAUUAGAUAAUAAAGAGGUAUUCUACAAUUGUUUGGUUUGUCAUUACAGUGAGGCUCAGGCAGCUUCAUUGCCAUGGUUUAAAAGUUCUGUAGUAUGCAAAUUGCAAAGAUUUACUAUAGGAAUUAGAGCAUGUGGAUCUAUAAUAAUAGUGUUUGAAAAACAAAAAACAUCACUUGCGGUUUCCUGGUUACAUGUAUGAGAUCAACCGUUAAUAUAUUUUUUGUUUUCUAUGCGACAAA